UGUAUCAGCACGGUUAGGUAAGCUAGGCUAGCAGCAUCGUUGUAGUUAGUGCUGGCUUUAACCUACUUCGUACAGUUUAUGCUUCACUCCAGUUUCACUGACAAUAAAUUCUAUGUAGAGCCAUAUAAGGAAUAGAUUUAAAAAAGCAAACUCUUAAACAAGUAUAUAUUUUCAAGCGGCGUUAGAUCAGUUCCCGAAACAGAACGAUGGUCCAAGCCAAGGCCUGGGUCCUGAAGCAACACUUUGAGGGUUUCCCUAAAUACAGCGACUUUGAGCUGAAGCACGAGCAGCUCCCCGAACUCAGUGAUGGAGAGGUGCUUGUGGAGGCAAUGUUCCUAAGCGUGGACCCCUACAUGUGGCCUUUUAGUCGUUUUCGAAUGCAACCAGGGGAUGUGAUGAUUGGAACUCAGGUGGCCAAAGUGAUUCAGAGUAAAAAUCCAGAAUUUCCUGUGGGAAGUCAUGUGGUUGGCCAGUGUGGCUGGAGGACACACACAGUAUCAGAUGGGACUAGUCUCAUACGCCUCCUGAAUGACUGGCCUCUAAAUGUUUCUUUCUCUCAUGCUCUUGGAGCCAUUGGAAUGCCAGGUUUGACAGCUCUGUAUGGUUUAGAAGAGGUGUUGGCCAUCAAACCAGGGGAAACUCUUCUGGUGAAUGCAGCAGCUGGUGCUGUAGGGAGUGUAGUGGGUCAGCUCGCCAAACUGAAAGGAUGUAAGGUGGUGGGGUCAGCUGGGAGCGACGCCAAGGUGGCCUACCUGAAAGAGCUGGGCUUUGACCAUGUGUUUAACUACAAGACCGUGCAAUCUCUAGAGGAAGCUCUGAAGCAGGCCUCCCCUGAGGGCUAUGACUGUUACUUUGAUAAUGUUGGUGGACACUUCUCCAGUGUUGCCCUUCCACAGAUGAAAUGUUUUGGGAGGAUUGCAGUAUGCGGAGGAAUUUCCACAUACAACAACAAAGAACCUCAAACAGGUCCUUAUCCACAGCUCACUAUGAUCAUGAAACAGUUGCACAUGGAGGGCUUCCUGGUGGGGAGAUGGGAGCAUAAGAAUCAGGAGUCUCUGAAGAGGAUGCUCACCUGGCUGCAGGAGGGAAAACUGAAGUGUACAGAGCAUGUCACCACUGGCUUUGAUAACAUGCCUACAGCCUUUAUGGGGCUGCUUCAUGGUGAGAACAUGGGAAAGGCCAUAAUUAAAGUCUAAAGUCUGUGCUUUACAUCUUGCAUUUAAAAAUGAGCAUUAUAGAACUGCACUCUUUAAAUAUGGAAUAAAAUCGGAUUUGAUUUUUGCACA